AUGGCAGAGCUUCGUCGUCGUCUGGGACGGAUGUUCGAGGACGCUCCUUCCCCAUCCAUCAGUCGCGAGUCGACACCUGACCCUGACCACGGGGACGAAGUCAAACUCAUUUCCAAGGCAAAGCUCGAGAAGCUAGAAGAGAUCACAAAGACGAAGGGAAGCAAGAAGAGGUAUACAUUAUGGUUCUUCCUCGGAGGUCUCCUGGGCCUUUUCAUCGCCUUGUACCUCGCUCAGCAGCAAGAGGUUAUCAAACUCGAAGGCCUGCUAGAUGUCAACCUGGACAGUUUGAUGGAUAUCAUUCCAGCAGGGAUCGUGAAAGAUGUCAAGGACUUGAGUAAAGCCGAACGAGAUGCGGUCAACUACGACUCCUUCUCUGUUGGCUUGUAUCUUCAGGCUCAAGGCGUCAAGGCGCACCACCCAGUCAUUAUGAUACCUGGCGUCAUCUCCACAGGCCUUGAAUCAUGGUCAACCACGGAAGAAGCAAGAGGAUAUUUCAGAAAGCGGUUAUGGGGCUCGUGGUCCAUGAUGAGAGCAUUAGUGCUCGAUCAGGCUCAGUGGAAGAAGCACAUUAUGCUGGACAAGAAGACAGGCUUAGACCCUCCAGGAGUGAAACUGCGCGCUGUUCAAGGCUUUGAUGCAGCUGACUUCUUUAUCACAGGUUACUGGAUCUGGAACAAGAUCCUUGAGAAUCUGGCUACCAUCGGCUAUGACCCUACCAAUGCCUUCACUGCCGCCUACGAUUGGCGUCUGACUUACAUGAACCUCGAAGUAAGAGACCAGUACUUUACAAGGCUCAAGAGCUAUAUCGAGGUUGCAAAGAAAACCUCUGGCAAAAAGUCUGUCUUAAUUUCACAUUCCAUGGGCGGCCAAGUGCUCUUCUACUUCAUGAAGUGGGCUGAACACAAGGACUAUGGUGGCGGUGGGCCAAACUGGGUUGAAGACAAUAUUGACUCCUGGAUCAAUGUCUCUGGUUGUAUGCUUGGUGCUGUCAAGGAUAUCCCCGCCGUGUUGUCUGGAGAGAUGAAAGACACAGCCCAACUGAAUGCCUUUGCUGUAUAUGGUCUCGAGAAGUUUCUUUCCAAAGAAGACCGAGCAGAGAUCUUCCGCGCUAUGCCUGGCUUGUCCUCAAUGCUUCCUAAAGGAGGUGAGGCUGUAUGGGGUAACGCUACAUGGGCUCCGGACGACCUCUACGCUAAUAACUUUACCUAUGGCCCCUUUAUCUCCUUUAAGCCUCCACAAAAUACUACUCUGACUCCUCAUAAAAACCUUACCAUGACGGAGAGUCUUGACUACCUUCUCGACACUAGCGAAGACUGGUACAGCGAUAUGAUACGAAGCUCCUUCUCGCAUGGUGUCGCUCACACUACUGCCGAAGUUGAGGCAAACGAAGACAAACCUACUACCUGGCUAAAUCCUCUAGAGGCCAGGCUUCCACUUGCCCCCAGUCUCAAGAUCUAUUGCUUCUAUGGUUUUGGUAAACCUACCGAGCGAGCAUAUUUCUACAAGGAAACAAAUCGCAUCACUCAUCCUCUCAAAAAUCGCAGAACAAAUAUAUCAAUCGAUACAUCUUUCAUAACUGGACCACCUCCUUUCGGGACACCCGAAGUAGACCACGGUGUCAUAUUUGGCGAAGGCGACGGCACAGUCAACCUCUUGUCGACAGGAUACAUGUGCUCCAAAGGCUGGCGAAACAUCACUAGGUACAAUCCAGGUGGCGUCAAAAUUACUACUUACGAAAUGCCCCAUGAACCAGACAGGUUCAGUCCACGAGGUGGUCCAAACACUGGUGACCACGUUGAUAUUCUUGGUCGCAGUAGUCUCAAUGAUCUGAUCUUGAGAGUUGCUGGAGGUAAAGGACCAGAUAUUCAAGACAACUACCAAAGCAGAAUAUGGGAGGUCGCCGAACGCGUGAAGAUCUACAACGACGAGCCAUAG